AUAGAACUCUACUCCAAUUUAUCAAAAUUAAAAAAUACAUUUUUUUAAAAUAAAAAUAAAAAUGAAAGAUCUAUAAUUUGUCGAUAAAUUUUAGAAAAUGUCUCUGAAAAUUUUAAAAGUUUAGAAAAGAUUUCUAAAAUUUUGGAAAAAAUCGUCAUCUUUUUAUCCAACCUUAAUAGAUAUUAUUAAUUUUCUGGAUUGCUUAAUCCCCAAGUUUCCCAUGCAUGUUGGCGGCAGGCUCAGUUAAUGCCCUCAUUGGAGGUUCGCGCGUGGGGUACUUCCCUCCAAAAAAAUAUCUAUUCCUGGAGGGUGACGUGUAGGGAAAAACGAUAAAAGGGCAACCAUGUGGGUCCCUUCUCGUGACCCAAUGAAUAUCACAACCGUUCGAAGGGGUGCCACGUAGCUCCGGUCACAGUACACCUGUCCCUUAUAUAACCAUGCUGUUGCCGCACCAUUGUCUCCUGACCAUGCUCCCGCGAGCUCCUCCCCCAACCCCAACACUCAGUGGCGGAGCGGAGACACUGGCAGGCAUCCGAACACGCAUGAAAUGGAAUCCAACGCCGUCAUCGCACCGUUCAUAAUGAAGACCUAUCAGAUCGUCAACGAUCCCACGACCGACCCCAUCAUCACCUGGGGCCCAGCCAACAACAGCUUCGUCGUCGCCGAUCCCCUCGAUUUCUCCCAGAGGAUCCUCCCCGCCUUCUUCAAGCACAACAACUUCUCCAGCUUCGUCCGGCAGCUCAAUACCUACGGUUUCAGGAAGGUGGACCCCGACCGGUGGGAGUUCGCCAACGAAUGGUUCCUCCGCGGGCAGAAACACCUGCUGACGAAUAUCGUCCGGCGGAAGCAGAUCCCCGGUCGAAGUGCGUAUAAUAGGCAGACGGAGGAAGAAGACGAUGAAGAGAUUCUGAAGGAGAUCUGGAGGCUGAAGCAAGAGCAGAAGACUCUGGAAGAAGAGCUUCAAGGAAUGAACAAGCGAUUGGAGGCCACGGAGCGGAGGCCUCACCAAAUGAUGGCGUUUCUCUCCAAGGUCGUCGAAGACCCGGAGCUCUUGCCCCGAAUGAUGCUCGAGAAAGAGAGGGCCAAGAGGUUGACGGAGAAGCGGCGGCGAUUGAUGAUCUCCUCGCCGCCGUCGUCGUCGUCGUCGGGAAUGGGUACGAGCGGUUCUGUCAAGACGGAGGACGAGGAAGACGGCCCUGUAGGAGCGAAUUCGAAUUUAUCGCCGGAAACCGGAUUGGAAGCCUUUUACAGGUCUUCGCCGUCGCCGGAGACUCUUCCUCCCGGGUGGUUGAGCCAGGGGAAGAUCAUAGGUCAGGCGCCAAUCGCUCAAGUUCCGUUCGGAUUCGCCGCGGUACCUAGUUCGACGGCGGCGGUGGUUGUGGAUGGAAUGAUGGAUAGAACGGCGGAGAUGGUGCCGGGCGGAGCCGUUUCCGGAUAUGAUAAUAGUGAUGGCGGCCAUAUCAGGUAUCUUAUGGAAAUGGCGGCGGGGGUAGAGGCGCGUCCACCGCCUUAUCCGUUCUCCCUGUUUGGAGGUGGCUUUUAGUUGCUAAUUCACAAGAUUUAUCUGCGGUUCUAUUUCCUGUAUUUUUUAUUUUGGCCUCAUUUUCCCUUUUUUUCUUUUUUUUUUUUUAGCAUUUUCCCCUUUUUGUGAAUUGGAAAAAUAAUUAUUAA